GGACACACGCACGUAACGUUACGCAUCGCGACGCAACGUAGUCAUUGAGAACGUAGUCAGUCGAUCCGAGGAGAACGUUAUUUUUCCGCAGCGAGAGGACACGCACCGUUGUCUAUGUGUGAUUAUCGUGCAUCGUCACGCUAUCGCUGAAUUCGACGUCUAGGUUAUAAUUCACGAGCGCGCGCGCGCGCGCGCGUAAAGUCGGGGUAAUAACCGAGUAAAGCGGAGUGAAUAAGAGAGAAAGAUAGAAGGUAAAACAGGGGAAGAGAGAGAGAGAGAGAGAGAGAGACAGACAGAUAUGGUAUAUGGUUAAUAUAUCGAUCUUUUGUUAUUUCCACGCGAAAUGUUCGUGCGAGCGAUAAGAGCGUGACAAGCAGAAAGAGCACGAGAAAGCGAGAAAAAAAAAGAAGAGAGAGAGACAAACGCGGAUAGAGAAAGGAGUGAGAGAGGUUAGACGCUGUCAGGAUUUCUCUCCCCGAAUUACGAUCGUCGCCGAGAUCCGUGCAAAAAUUUGACGACGUUUACGAGUUUUCCGUAGCAUAUAUCCUGGUAUUCGCGAACGUUUCCAUACGCUCGUAUCACCCGGUGCCUGUUCAGACCUUGUCGUCUGGGAACGAGUCAUCCGCGUCGUCGGUUCUAUCGCGUUUCUCGUUUGUCAACAGUUUCGUAUGCGGGAGCGUAAGCCUCGUGUGUGUAACGGCGCGAAAAUCAAACUACCGUUGUCUGUAGGAAGACACGGUCUACCCAUCGAACAUACGCUAUGUAAUAUUGUAAAAACAAUCCUGCAACGACAGAGGACAAAUCAAGCACCAAGCUCGUGUUGGUGACUCGCUCUGUCUAAUCAUGACGAUUAGACAGAGCGAGAAGAUCGAUCGAAUACUUGUGCCGAUCGACACGUCGCGUUAAUUAACGACUAUAAAUUAUCGUAGCGUUCGGCAAACUUUACACUGGGAUAAGUAAAGUAACGGAUCAAGUGAUAAGAGAUAAAGGGAUAGACAGCAAACGGUAGGAGGAGGAGGAGGAGGAGAAGGAGAGAGGAGAGGAGAGGAAAGGAGGAAUCAGUCCGCGCAGAGAGGAGUAGAGUCAAGUUAAACAGCUGCUCCGUAAAUCGCAGCGACGGGACGCGAGGACAAAAAAUCCAAUACGCAAAUAAAACGCCGAGGAAAAUCGAAACCGGUGUAAUUUCGAACCAACCGCCUCAUCGCCAGCCGGACGCUCGUUUAUUAAUUAUGACGACCCUGGACUCGCAGCUUGACGAAGGCAUGUGCCAUCUCGAUAAACUGCCGCACGUGGAAUGGGAUAGUUCGACUCCCGGAUCAUCCAGGUGUACGUUCCCCGACGGGCUGAGUCCACUGGAGUGUCAGAUGGCCGGUCAUCCGUUCGACGGCGAAAGGCACACGAUCGGUAUGCUCCGCAGACCAAACGGGCACGUACUGAAACCGGCGACUAAAGCGAUCCUCGGGGAAAGAGAAAUAGCAUUUUACGAGAACUUGCAGACUUCCCAGGAUCCUACAACGGCGCAACUGAAAAGUUUUGUUCCGUGUUACUAUGGCACGACAGAGUUGAGGGUUUUCAAUAAACGUACGAAGUUUCUCACGCUUAAGGAUAUCACGGAGGGCAUGGCCGAGCCAUGUGUGAUGGAUAUCAAGAUCGGCCGUCGCACGUGGGAUCCUUUAGCCACGCCAGAGAAGAGGGCAACGGAAGAAUUCAAGUAUGCCGAAUCGAAGCGUGCUUAUGGUUUUUGUAUAACCGGUUUUCAAGUAUAUUGUCUCUCCACUGGACGAUUAAAAAAAUUUGACAGAGAUUAUGGCAAGAAACUCGAUGCCAAGGGCGUCGUAGAAGCGCUGGAAACUUUUCUAAACAUAACACCCGAGAAGCCAACUUGUCGACCACUGAUCACCAAGCUCCUGUCGAUCCUGUGUCAGAUCAUGCUGUUCUUUCGCACGCAACGAAAGUAUCGUUUCUACUCCAGUUCGCUCUUGGUAGCCUAUGACGCCCAGAGAUUACGGCACUGUCCUCCCGACGGCGACGACGAUGAUGAUCCCGACGGCAGGAGUGAGUCCGCGUCGUGCAAUCGCACCGUCGUCUCGAGCGCGAAUGCGCCCCACUUGUCGCCGGCCGUUUCUGUUCCCACCGAGAGAACAGUGAAGAGAAGUCGAACAGAGGUGCCGUCGGCGAGUCCGCUCAAAAGGAGCGUAAGUCUCAGCACAGGAUUCGUCUCUAUCGAGACGAUAGAGGACGAAAAGGUAUCUAAUCAGAGCGGAUCUUGCAGUUCGGACACGCAGACUGAUCGCCGGCUGUAUCGGUCCAGAGUUCCGGCGAUCACGUCGACCAAGGACGAGCGCGAUUGGGUGAGAGUAAACAUGAUUGACUUCACGCACGUCUUCCCGGCGGACGACGAUAAUUCCUUGGAUUUGAAUUACCUAGAAGGUAUCGAGAACUUGACCAACUUACUGGAAUCGUUCGUACAUCGUAAGCUCGACGGUCUCGAACGAGAGAACUCUCACGUUGGCGUGAUGCUGUAGAGAGUCGUUCUCCUGAGAUCGAAGACCGAAUCGAUGUGUGGUCACUCUCAGCGAUGUCCCGACAGUGGACGGAGAGAGUAGUGUGUUUCGGACGAGAGCGGAUCGGCGAUAUUUGCCGGCAUUGUUAUCGGACUUUUAGACUGUCCGGAGGAACGGAGAAUGGACUAAGGGCACAGAGUAAAUAGCGACAAUCUCUUGACGUCGAAAACCGUCAAGUUGUGCCGAGUCGAAGGAGGGGGGGAGGGAGAGAGAGAGAGAGAGAG